UUUAAGGAACGAACCGAGAACCCCUCCGAUAUAUCUCUCCCUCCUACAACAUCUCUACUGACUCUACCAAUUUACCUUCUCUCUCCUGUCAAACUAGCCAUGUCUCUCCUCUCUGACCUCAUCAACCUCGACCUCAGUGACACCACUGAGAAGAUCAUUGCCGAGUACAUAUGGAUUGGCGGAUCUGGUUUGGACUUGAGAAGCAAAGCAAGGACACUGCCUGGACCGGUGACGGACCCGGCCCAACUACCAAGGUGGAACUACGACGGCUCAAGCACAGGCCAAGCCCCCGGAGAGGACAGUGAAGUGAUCAUAUAUCCCCAGGCGAUAUUCAAGGAUCCAUUCAGAAGAGGAAAUAACAUCCUGGUGAUGUGCGAUGCAUAUACACCAGCCGGCGAGCCCAUUCCCACCAACAAACGGUUCGAUGCUGCCAAGGUUUUUAGCCACCAUGAUGUUGUCGCCGAGGAGCCCUGGUAUGGCAUUGAGCAAGAGUACACUCUUCUUCAAAAGGAUGUCAAGUGGCCUCUUGGAUGGCCAGUUGGUGGCUACCCUGGCCCUCAGGGCCCCUACUAUUGUGGUGUAGGGGCAGACAAGGCACUUGGUCGUGAUAUAGUGGAUUCACACUAUAAGGCCUGCCUCUAUGCGGGAAUUAACAUCAGUGGAAUUAAUGGGGAAGUUAUGCCGGGCCAGUGGGAGUUUCAAGUUGGUCCUGCUGUUGGUAUUUCUGCUGGUGAUGAAUUGUGGGUCGCUCGAUACAUUCUUGAGAGGAUCACAGAAAUUGCAGGAGUUGUUCUUUCGUUUGACCCAAAACCAAUCCAGGGUGACUGGAAUGGUGCUGGUGCUCAUACUAACUACAGCACCAACUCAAUGAGAAAUGAUGGCGGCUUUGAGGUGAUCAAGAAGGCCAUAGAAAAGUUGGGUUUGCGCCACAAGGAGCACAUUGCUGCCUAUGGAGAAGGCAAUGAGAGGAGAUUGACAGGUCGCCAUGAGACUGCUGACAUUAACACUUUCUGUUGGGGUGUUGCGAACAGGGGUGCGUCUAUCCGUGUUGGCCGCGACACUGAAAAAGCAGGAAAAGGCUACUUUGAGGACCGGAGGCCAGCAUCAAACAUGGAUCCCUAUGUUGUCACUUCCAUGAUUGCUGAAACCACUAUUCUCUGGAAGCCUUAGAAAGGAAAGUGAAGUCCGGAAGAUAAGAGGAAGUUGAGAGUUCUUGUGAAUAAUUGUGUCUCUCUUCCUUUUUCUGUCUCUCCUCUUUCACACAUGUGUGCGUGUGCAUAUCUGUCUUCUGCUUGGAUUGGUUGGUUCGUUGCUCUUCAAAGGGUUGGAUCUUGCUAUUUGGUUGAAUUGUCUAGUCUUUGGUUGUUGUUAGACUUGUUUAUUAUCUAAUAAAAUGGUAAUUUAGUUGGUUGAAUUCCUCUCAACCAAUCUUC